AUGGCAUUGAACGUAGGAAAAGAAGCUCCUUUUUUUAAAGCAGAAGCACUUUUUGGAGAUAAUUCUUUUGGUGAAGUAAGUUUAACUGACUUUAUUGAUAAAAAAUAUGUACUUUUAUAUUUUUAUCCACUGGAUUUCACUUUUGUAUGCCCAUCAGAAAUAAUAGCAUUAGAUAAAGCCUUAGAUUCAUUUAAAGAAAGAAAUGUAGAAUUGAUAGGAUGCAGUGUGGAUAGUAAAUUUACACAUUUAGCAUGGAAAAAAACACCAUUGUCAAACGGGGGCAUUGGUAAUAUAAGGCAUACUUUGUUAUCUGAUAUUACAAAAUCAAUUUCAAGAGAUUAUAAUGUUUUAUUUAAUGAUAGUGUAGCAUUAAGAGCUUUCUUUUUAAUAGAUAAAAAAGGAAUAAUUCAACAUGUGCUCAUCAAUAAUUUAGCAAUUGGUAGAUCAGUUGAUGAAAUUUUAAGAAUAAUUGAUGCUUUACAGCACCAUGAAAAAUAUGGAGAUGUUUGUCCAGCGAACUGGGCAAAAGGAAAAAUAGCCAUGAAACCAUCUACAGAGGGUGUUUCAGAUUAUUUAUCUAAAAUUUAA